AUGACGACAAAAGCGGUGGAGAGUUUGCUCGAGCAACUCCGCGCCACGGUUCAAGAUUUGGGUUUAGUAGACAUCCCAGAACAUGCCUGGCCGCUCCUCUUCACGGGCUUGGGCGCCCUAGCCCUCCUCUAUCUUGCUCUGCGUGAAAACGACCAGCCGAUCCGCUACAACGUCCCAUCGCCCAAGAGGCCUGAAAAAGUCGAGAUUCUUGACGAGCCUGCUAUCAAGGUCUCCGGCUCCACCGCCGUUCAGUGCUAUGCUCCCGCAACCGGGCAGUUCCUCGGCCUCGUGAACCCCUCGACUACAAACGCCAUCGACCGAGCCGUCGAGCAGGCACAAGCCGCCCAGACGAAAUGGGCUACCACCUCAUUCCGUGAGCGCCGCGCCGUUUUACGUUCUAUACUCCAGUAUGUCUUAGAUAACCAGGAGGAGAUCUGUCGCGUGGCUUGCCUCGACAGCGGCAAGACCAUGGUGGAUGCGCAGCUUGGGGAGGUCCUCGUGACGACCGAAAAGCUCCAAUGGACCAUCAAGCACGGCGAAAAGGCCCUCCUUCCUUCGCGGCGACCGACAAACCUGCUCAUGGCAUACAAGCGCAACACCGUUUACUACGAGCCCUUGGGUGUUGUGGCCGCCCUCGUCAGCUGGAACUACCCCUUCCACAACUUUAUCGGACCGGUUAUCAGCGCCCUGUUCUCAGGCAAUGCCAUUGUGGUCAAGGUCUCGGAACAAACAGCAUGGAGCUCGUCAUUCUUCACCAACAUCGCCCGCGGCGCGCUCAUCGCCCACGGCCACUACCCAGCCCUCGUCCAAACCGUCGUCUGCUGGCCGCAAACAGCAAACCACAUCACCUCCCACCCCGGAAUCUCUCAUAUCACCUUCAUCGGCUCCCGCCCCAUCUGCCACAAAGUCGCCGCCUCUGCCGCCAAGUCGCUUAUACCCGUCGUCGCCGAGCUAGGUGGCAAAGACGCCUGCAUCGUCCUCGACACAGUCAGCAAGCGCGACCUCCCCCGCGUCAUCGAGAUCCUGAUGCGCGGCUCCUUCCAGGCCUCGGGUCAGAACUGCAUCGGCAUUGAGCGCAUCGUUGCGGCCCCCGCCAUCUACGACCGCCUGGUCUCUAUCCUCGAGCCCCGCGUGCGCGCCAUCCGCCUGGGACCCACCGCAGACAUGGGUGCCAUGAUCUCCGAUGCCUCCUUUGCACGCCUUGAGGGCCUGAUCGCCGACGCUGUCCAGCAGGGCGCGCGCCUGCUCGCCGGCGGCAAACGGUUCAUCCACCCAGACCACCCCAAGGGCCACUACUUCUCGCCGACCCUCCUCGUAGACGUCACCCCCGACAUGGCCAUCGCCAACGAGGAGUGCUUCGCGCCCGUCAUGGUCCUCAUGCGCGCGCCGGGCGCCUCCGCCGAAUCCAUCCUAGCCGUCGCCAACGCCCCGCACUUCGGGCUGGGCAGUUCGGUAUUCGGCGCCGACUCGGACUCGCGCAUCCCGCACAUCGUGCGCGGAAUCAAGGCGGGGAUGAUCGCCGUCAACGACUUUGGCGCCACCUACGCCGUGCAGCUACCUUUUGGUGGCGUGUCUGGCUCCGGCUAUGGGCGCUUCGCCGGUGAAGAAGGGUUGAAAGGGUUGUGCAACGUGAAGGCCGUGUGCGAGGACCGCUUCUCGUGGUUGGGGAUUCGCACUGCGAUCCCGCCGGCGAUGUGCUACCCUGUCAUGGACCAGGGACGAAGCUGGCGGUUUGCAAGGGGCGUGGUGGAGGUGGGGUAUGGGAUGGGGAUCGUGCGGAAGAUUGGGGGGGUGUUGGGGAUUAUGAAGAAUAGCUAG